GACAAGUUAAACAUUAUCCUACAGAAACACAAAGCACAUGAACACCAAAUCAAAACAAACCUUAAUUUCAUGACAACAUUCAACGAAUUCGAUCAAUUCAACGAAGCUAAAAAAUUCGACGAUUCCAAAACCGGCGUUAAAGGUUUACUAGACUCAGGCCUCACUACUAUACCUCGUAUUUUCAUCCACCCACCCGAAACUCUAUCCGGUAUCAACCCCGUUAACCGAAAACCCGGCUCCGAUCAUGUCAUCCCGACCAUCGACCUCUCCGGAGUUCACUCCGGCGACCGGAGAUCAACGAUUGUGGAGGAGAUAUCACGUGCAAGUAGAGAGCUAGGGUUUUUUCAGAUAGUGAACCACGGUGUGCCGGUGGAAGUUUUGGAUAAGGUUAUUAACGGAGUUAAGGCGUUUCAUGAACUGCCGACGGAGGUUAAGAAACGAUGGUAUAGACGGGAUAUGGUUAACGGAGUUAACUUUUUUUCUAAUGUUGAUUUGUUUAAGUCUAAAGCUGCUAGUUGGAGGGAUACGCUUCAGAUAAGGCUAGGUUCCAACUUAGCAGAGAUUCCUGAAAUUCCGGAGGUAUGCCGGGAAGAGGUCAUGGAUUGGAGUGAAGAGGCCGUGCAGGUGGCGGAGCUGUUAAUGGAGUUGUUAUGUGAAGGGUUAGCAGUGAAAUCAAGUACCUUGAAGGAGAUGUCAUGUUUAGAAGGCAGGGUGAUGGUUGGUCACUACUAUCCGCACUGUCCUCAGCCUGAUCUUACGGUUGGGAUCACAUCACAUACCGAUCCUGGGGUUUUAACUCUGUUACUUCAGGACUCUAUUGGCGGUUUGCAGGUUAGGCAUGGUGAUGAAUGGGUUGAUGUUACUCCUGUUCCGGGAGCUAUUGUUGUUAACAUUGGAGAUAUACUUCAGAUUAUGUCCAAUGAUGAAUACAAAAGUGUAGAUCACAGAGUGUUGGCUAAUCCUUCACACGAUCCGCGAGUUUCCAUUGCCAUUUUCUUCAACCCUGGCAAGAGAGACUGCCAGUACGGGCCCCUUCCGGAUCUAAUUUCACCAGAAAAGCCAGCUAUUUAUAAGCAAUUUACGCUCGUGGAUUACAUGAAAAAAUUCUUCUCAAAGGAAUUGGAUGGCAAAGGUUUGACAGGUUACUUUAAGCUGUAACUAAAAUACCUAAAUGCAGUAUUGUAAUAAAAAACAGGACAAGCAAGUACAUUGACAUUUUAAUCUAAAUUAUACCGAUUGAAUGACAUUGUAUUCUAAAUUAAAAGUACCGAAAUGGAAAACAAUAUAAAUUGUGUUUUAUAAAAAUAUGGUAUAAAUAUAGAGUUUUGUUUCAGAA